CUCGACGCAUUGAUCCGAUCUUUGCGUAGAAUGGCGCCCGCCCGCCCCCUUCUCGUCCUCCUGCGCCUCCUGACGCUCCCCGCGGCCGCCUUCGUGUCCCCCGCGGCCAGCGCGACCAAAAAAUUGGCCCCGUUGUGCGCGCAGAACAAAGAUUCGCCGGAACGGGAUCCGAUCACGGCGCGCGCGGCCUUCGACGCCCUGUCGGCCGACGCGACGACGGACUCGCUCCUCCGGGGCCUGCGGGAGCGCGCGGAGGAGAUGCGGCGCGCCGAGCGCGACGAGGCGCGGCGCGAGGAGAUGCGCGCGACGGCGCUCGACCACGCGUGGGUCGUGCUCUUCCGGGGCGACGAGUCCGGCGACGGCAUCCACAGCCUGUCGAGCAACGGCCGCGAGAUCGUCCUCGCCUUCGAGGCCGCCGACGAGGCGCGGCGCUUCGCCCUCGUCCUGCGGGCCCAGGGCUUUUUCGAGCCGACGCCGCACCGCAUGGAGAUGUCCGCGCUCGAGCUCUUCUGCGAGAGCGACGAGCGCGUCUCGCUCCUCCAGAUCCCCAAGGGCACGUGCAUCGUGCCCCCGGACGAGACCGUCGACGACGUCGAGUUCACGCCCAGCGCCGCGGCCGCCGCGGCCGCCGCCGACGGCGAGGGCGGCGCGCCCCCGGCCCUCCGCGCCCCCGGCGCCCCCGUGGGGCCGGCCCUCCGCGCCCCCGGCGCCCCCGUGGGGCUCUACAACGAGGGCGCGACGUGCUACCUCAACGCGCUCCUCCAGCUCCUCUUCAUGCUCCCCGUCCGCGAGGCGAUCCUCAAGUGGCGCCCGGACGAGUCCGACGACGCGUCCGGCGACGACGCGUCCGGCGACGACGCGUCGCCGCCGGCCGCGCCGAGCGCGGAUCUGAAGAUCACGGGCGAGCUCCAGCGCCUCUUCGCGCGCCUCGUGCUCGGCGACGCGCGCGCGGCGUCGACGCGCGACCUCGUCGCGGCGUUCGGCUGGUCGGGCGCCGAGGCGCUCGAGCAGCAGGACGUGUCCGAGUGCCUCAACGUCCUCUGCGACCGGGGCUUCCACGGCUCGGCGCGCGCGGCCCUCGACGAGCUCUGCGGCGGGACGACCGUGACCGUGCUCGAGCGCAAGGACGGGACGCGGCCGCCGCGGUCGGGCGAGCCCGCGCCGCCCGGCGUCAAGUUCCUCGAGCUCCACCUCGGCCUCGACCGGCCGACCGUCGAGGCCGCGCUCGCCGCGUACUUCGCGGGCGACGACCCGCGCGGAUUCCCACCCGACUUCGAUGCGAGCGUCUUCGAGGCGUUCCGCCGCGACGACGUCGAGGUCGACUGCGCGGCGACGGGCGAGCGCGUCGCCCACUCGAAGCGCGAGGCGAUCGCGUCGCCGCCCGGCGCGCUCUUCCUCACGCUGAAGCGCUUCGCCAUGGACUGGGACGCCAUGGACCGCGUCAAGGACGAGCGGCCCGUCGACGUGCCCGCGCGGCUCGCGCUCGGUGGCGCGGACUACGGCCUCUGCGGCGCGCUCCUCCACGUGGGCACCUGUGCCGAAUUCAACCACUGGUUUGGGUGGUCCUGA